UAUAUCUUGAUAUCCAUCGCCUACCGACCAUAGCAUGGAUUUGACCAAUUGUACCAAUGUGAAUGGUUCCUCUGAAGAGCCUACCGAAAGGCCAACAAGCAAGAUCUUGAUAUCCCUCACGCUCUCUGUGCUUGCUGUAAUAACGACGGCCAUCAACUCCCUCGUGAUCACAGCGAUAAUAGUGACGAGGAAGCUGCACCACCCAGCCAACUAUUUAAUAUGCUCCCUUGCAGUCACUGACUUUCUGGUGGCCAUCCUGGUGAUGCCCUUUAGCAUUGUGUACAUCGUCAAGGAAACAUGGAUCAUGGGUCAAGUGGUGUGCAAUAUUUGGCUCAGUGUUGAUAUCACAUGCUGCACCUGCUCCAUCCUGCACCUGUCUGCCAUAGCUCUGGACAGGUACAGGGCUAUCACAGAUGCAGUCGAGUAUUCAAGAAAAAGGACACCCAAACACGCUGCCAUUAUGAUCUUGGUUGUGUGGGUUAUCUCCAUUUUCAUUUCCAUGCCGCCGCUGUUCUGGACAGCCAACAAGGAGGAUGAAUGCCUCAUAAAGCACAGCCACAUCGGCUUUGCCAUUUAUUCCACCUUUGGCGCCUUUUACAUCCCGUUAGCCUUGAUCCUCAUCCUCUACUACAAAAUAUACAGGGCGGCCAAAACCCUCUACCACAAGAGAAGAGUAAGCCGAAUUGUAAAAGAGGAGAUGAACGGCAAUGUCUUGCUAGAGUCCACAGAAAAGAGUUCCAAGAGCAACCCAUCCACCCUGUGCAUCCCAGAGAAAUCCUUAUCCGAACCUUCCAUCGAUGGAGACAAGAUCUACAUCACUGUCAGAAACCCCAAAUGUGAAACCCAGAGAGAGAAAUCUUGGAAGAGGCAGAACAUUUCAAGCGCUCGAGAGAAGAAAGCAGCCACAACUUUGGGUCUGAUUUUAGGGGCAUUUGUAAUAUGUUGGCUUCCUUUCUUUUUGAAAGAGGUCAUCGUCAACAUUUGCAUGAAGUGCUACAUCUCUGCAAACAUGUCAGAUUUUCUGACAUGGCUGGGAUACCUCAAUUCUCUCAUCAACCCACUGAUCUACACCAUCUUCAAUGAGGAUUUUAAAAAAGCCUUUCAGAAGCUGAUCAAGUGCAGACAUUACCUUUAAUACACAAAGGUGGUGUUUCGGGGAAAAAGAAUGUAGGGCUUGGGACUGCAGAACCAAAACUAUUUGAAAUUAUUGCUUUAUUUACAGUAUCUAUUAAAGUGACUCCAGAUCCUAGCAAAAUAUGGAUCCCCAGCAUAACAGAAUUUGUUGUAUUUGUAAAUUAUAUUAUAUUGUUCUAUUUUGUUUUAAAUCCGUAUCUCUUUUUUUAAAUCUUUUUUUUGCAUCCCCUUUUAUCUACAGUGAAAAGGUAUGUUUUAUUAUUGAUGAACCAUACUAUAAAGGGAAAGACUCCGCACUGGGCAAUCACUCCAACAACUGAAUUAUCUCUGAAGUAAAAGAAACAACAUUUGGACAUGGCCUUCCUCAAUACUGAGACUUCACAAACAAAUUGUUGGUGUUCUGGAAUCACAAGAGACAAGAGUGUUACUGUUUGAAAAGGAUGUACUCCAGAUCUAUUGUUUUAUUUGGGGUUAAGAUAAUACCAUUAUUAGAAUCCUCCUCUUUCCCAAGAAAAAUAAUGCAAAAUUUGGCAAUACAAGUCAUUGAAGGGUUUCAAAUGACAGUCAGUGACAGGCCCUUUUUAUAAUCAUUUCUUAAUGCACUUUACGUAGGUCAUUACCCUAAAACUCCCCGCAGGGGCAUUGGUUGCGGUUUGCCCAAAAUUAAAAGUAAACUCUACUAGAUUCAAUUAAAACAUACAUGGUCGCUGUUAAGACUGCAACAAUAGAUGAUAGCAACCAAGAGUACGGCAGCUUUUCUUGUUGUGGAUGAACAUGUUUUAAAGGCAUUUUUCAGUUUCUUUUAAUACCUACUGACAAAAAAACAUGCAAAAGUGAAUUACUUGUAUCUGCACACCACUUGUUGCUAUGUGAUCUGUGUAUUUUUUUUAAGCCACUAUUCAUUCAACCUUCCACAACCCCAAUCACACCACCCCAUUUGAGAAAAGUGUCAUAAAUGUGUUAUCAAUCUACAAAGCUUUAAUUAAAAAAACACAUAAACCACACAUUUGGAAAAAGAAGCAUUGUAUCUCAUCCAAGCACUAACCAGGUCAAACUCUACUUAGUUUCUCAGAUUUGACAGGAUUGUGAUGCUGCAGA